AUGAAGAAUAAUCCAAGAUUAACGAAUAAGCCGCUGUUGUCCGCGAAUGCGAAUCAGACGAGCCAACAUCAAGUCGCAGGGCAGUAUAAUGGAGCGAUUAGCAUGGAUAGCGCAAAGAUUGAUUUCUUUAAAAAAAUUAAUGAGAUGAGAUUCGCUAGCUUCCUGAAGAACUGCAAUAGCAUCAGAUUGAAAUUGAAACCCGGCUUUGAAACUCUCGGAGAUUUCGCGGACGAGACGUUAGAACGAAAAUUCAUGUAUUGCAAAGCCUGGGGCCCCAUUUUUACUGAGCGAUGCCGUGCCAGAUGA